CACGGUAUGCUGUAUGGUAUUUCGUUCCGCUUGGUCAGUGCAGGUGCAACGGUGCUAGCUGCGUUAAAACAAAAGGCAAUAGGGCAACGCUUUUGGGAAGCGGCUGUGCGCUGCUUAGUAACGUCGUAGGCUACUCUGCCGAUGAGUACACGCCGUGUCUGUGGAUUGCUGUCAGUGAGGUUUAGUGCAUCAUGAAGAGCUUGACUGCUGCAGCUACGUUGCUUAGCAGCGCUUUGGUGCUGCUGGUGCUGUGUCAAGAAACGGACGCUCUUUCCGUGCGGCCACGCCGCGACCUGGUGGAGACGGGCAAGGCAGUGAUUCUGCAGGGUGUCUCCAAGCUGAAGGACGCGCUCGACCAUGGUGUGAACGUGAAAUCGGAAGGGAAGCGCUCUAUCGAUAUAUUUGGCUUCAAGUUCGGCGGUGGGACCAGCGUGAACACCGGCUUCGGUGACGCGGCCAACGAGGACGCGUCCGCGAACGAGGAUGAUCUGGUGCGACGUCGCCGGGCACUGGAUGUGCUGGGGGCAACGUACGCGUACGUUAGCCUGCUACCCCAGUCACCGCACGGCACGAACGUGAACAUCGUGAAGGUGAGCUCGGUCUCGAACGUGAACAACUUCGGGGAGCUGCCGGCAGCCGAAACGGCCACGACUGUGGCCGCACCCGUGGCCGAGCGACGACGCAAGCGUUCCCCGGAUAUGGUGCAGCUGGCUGCUUUCGAAAAGAAAUCGCUCUCGGUAGAUAGUGUGAUCGGUCCGGACAAGAAGCAAACAACCCAUGAGCGGUUGGAAUCGGUGCGUGGAGGAAGUCGUACACUGUUGAGGGAGGAUGUGGCACGCAAUAAGCGCUCACCUCAAUCGGAUGGGCAAGAAGAGGGGCAAGAUGGCGGACCACCGAAGGGCCCACCACCACGAGGCGGACCCAAGGGUCCAAGGGGUCGCGGGCCACCACCUGGAUGUCCACCGCCUGGCGGAGAGGAAGAAACAACCGCUACCACGGCUACGGUGGAGCGUCGGAAGCGGGAUGUUGUUGAGUUGAUGGAAACGGAACGUAACAAGCGAUCUCCCAAAGGUGGUCGCGGUAGUGCCUCUUGCCGUGGUGGUGGUGGAGGCGGUGGUCAAGGUACACCUCCCCCGAAUGAAGAGGUACGCCGGAAGCGAGACACCUCCAACGAAAGCAGCGAUUACAGCACUUCGGACGAGUCAGAUGAAUCAGCUGAGCAGAACAGGGGACGAUCGCUCGCGGCGCAUCGCAAGCGGCGCCAGGCACUGGGUGGUGGCGAGAUCUCGGGAAAAGUGGGCAGCUGGUUCGAGCAGCUGGCAGGGGUGUUCGUCGACACAGUCAAGAAGGUGGUAAACGUGACGAAGAAGACGUUCGGCAAGGGACAAGAUGAACCAUAAGGAGUGGGUCGCGGUGGGUUGCGCAUUGCGUUGCGCUGUUUGUUGUCGUUUCUGUGUCGUUGUUUCGUGGUGUUUUGAAUCAUGUGAAAUGUUCCUUUAAUUUUAAAUAAAUUGUUGAUUAAUAAAUUUGAAGAAGUUA